AUGUCUCAAUCAACAACGACCACAACCAUCAUCUUAUUAGCGGCAUUGCUAAUGGCAGCGACGGUAGUUUCAGGGCAAGAAGCAGCGCCUCCUUCGAACGCAGGUAUGGUUUGUGGAACAAAUUUGGGUUUGUGUGCAGCGGCGCUUAAAGGAGGAGGACCACCACCAGCAGAAUGUUGUACAAGCCUUGACAUAGCAGCGAAGACGCAACUUAAGUGCCUUUGCGCCAUCCUCACAAACCCGCAAAUAUUGGCUGCCUUCAAUCUCACCACCGAAAAUGCUCUUCUCAUACCUAAAAGUUGUGGCAUUGAUGCUGCAUCGUCUAUGUGUUCUGCUGAGAAAACUCCUCUGCCGCAAGGGGUUCCACCAGUCGCAGGACCACCGAAAAAUGACAAGGCUGUUGCAACCAAAGUCGCGGGAACUGGAUUGGUCGGGAUCGUCUUAAUGACGAUACCUAUGAUGUUUUAUUAA